AUGAAAGAGGCAUUUGGAGGCACCUCAGGUGCUUUGCUGCUGCCUCUGCUGCUGCUGCUGCUGCUGCUCUGUCCCCUGCAGCAGCAGCCAGACUGUCUCUCUUCUGGGUUGCAGCUGAGUGGCUCCCCUCCUCGGCUCCGUCGCCCCCAAACAUUAGACAGUGAAAACUCUAUAAAAGAAGAAGCAGCAACUGCUGCUGCAGAUAAACAAGAAGACGCUAACCUACAGCAGGAACAGCAGCAGGAGCACCACGACCAGCCCCAGCACGACGAACAGCAGCAACCGCAGCAGCAACCGCAGCAGCAACCGCAGCAGCAACCGCAGCAGCAGCAGCAGCAGCAGCAGCCGGGUAGAAAGGAGUCAACUUUGUCAAGCAAUGAUUGGAUGGCUAUUGCUUCUGCUGUCUCCUCCCACCUUCAUUCUGAAGAAAGAGAAGGCUGUGCUGCUCCUUCAGUUAUAGAGGAGCCAUCUGAGCUAUCGGAGUUAACCCUAGAGCUGCGUUCUUGCAGAGCUUUUAGACAACCUUUAUUAGUAAUAGACGGAGGUAGCACGGGCACUCGAGGAGCAUUGUUUGCAGUUGGAGGAGAGAGCUGUCCUCGAAGAGGAAGGAAGGUGCUUAAGGAGACACUAUAUUUACUUGAAGAGGGUAAGAGACAACAGGGAUUGCGACAGCUUAUAGAGAGCUGGCUUACUAAAGAGGCUGGGCCUUACUGGGCGUCGCAUCCGUUUGAUGCUCAUACAUUGCUUCAUAGGUAUAAGAGCAUGAAAGAAGAAGCAGCAGCAUUAAUUCAUGCUAUACUUGAGGAGACAGUUGAAAGCAUUAAGAGACAUUUUGAUCCGCUGCAGCAGCAGCAAAUCAAGGCUACAGGUAUACCCGUAUUCUUCUACAGCACUGCAGGAAUUAGAGAUACUCAUGACUGGUAUCGCAACGGCAUCUUUGCUGCUUUUAUUAAAAGCAUUAACAGCUUCAGCAGCAGCAGCAGCAGCAGUGGUGAUGAGGGCUUUGCUUUCUUUACUAAUGAAGACUGGACUAGGCCUAUCUCGGGUACUGAAGAAGGCUUACUCGCAUUUGUUGCAGCUAAUCAGCUCUUGGGAAACUUUAAAAAAGCAAAAGACAUACAGAGACAGCUGGAGGCAACAAAAGAGGAGACACAACGGAGACAGUUAGAGAUUCAACAGACUCAGAGUCUUACAAGUAUUAUUGAAGUGGGCGGGGCCUCUACUCAAAUAGUUUUUCCUGUCUAUAGACUAGGAAGCAUGCCUUCUUUUGUAAAGAUAAACAACUUAAACUCUGCAGGAUAUUUAAGUGAAGAAGACCCUAUAUUAGAUAUAUUAUCUACAUCUUUUAUGCAGCUGGGAGCAACAAGUGCUACAGGUAUUUUCUAUAAAGCUUAUUGCAGCAAUAAAGACAAUUUAGUAGACGGUAUCUGUUAUAAUCCUUGUCUUCCUAAGGGCUUUACUCAACCAUGCUCUACUGGAGAAGUAACUGUCUCUUCAACAGGGGCUGUCUCUGUUGCUGAGGGUUUGCAGCAGCAGAGGCUACGACCUGCAGCACAAUAUUGCACUUCUUCUAAUAAAGAAAUAGCAAAGAAGACGCUUAAUAGGCUUUCAUGCUUAGGAGUAAGUAUAAACCCUGAUGAGCCUCUUACAGAAAGAUUGAAGAUAUCCGGGUGUAUGCAAAUGAAGGGGACAGGAGACUUUGCUGCAUGCGCCGCUGCAGUUGAAAGCAUAUUAUUGAAUCCGUCUCUACCUCUUCCUGCAAACCAAGAAGCUUCUUAUACAGGGUUUGACUCUGUCUCUCAGAUAUUUUAUUUUACAGAGACAGAGGCCCCUAUUGUACUGACAGGUAAAGCUAUCGUCAGCCCUAUUAAAGAUAUGCAAACAAUAGGUUUGCUGCCUCAUACUUUCUCUGGAGACCCCUGCGAGUUAAAGGAAGCUGCUACUCGUUACUGCAGCGCCCCUAUUGUACGUACGGAGACAGGUCAAUUAAGGAGACACAUAGAUAUACUUCAUCCAGAAGGAGAGACUGCAAGCCCAAGCCCUCAUGCUGAUGCUGCUGCUCCUGCUGCAGCAGCAGGAGCUGCUGCUGCUGCUACUUCUAUUACGAGUCUAAAUCUGGAGAAUUGCUUCAAGCUCUCUAUGAGUUACGGGUUAUUGUCUCUGUUAAUGAAGAGGAAAGUGCAUCCGAAUAAGAUAAGCUUUGCUUUAGAUAUAGUAAACCCUCAAACAAAACAAAAGAUAGGAGAGUACGGCUGGGCUCCAGGAGCUAUCUUAAGAGCUCUUGCUGAUAAAAGGAAAUGGAGUCUCUAUGCAUAUGAGUUGGGCAUACAGCACACUGCUAUGGACAGGUUCGCAGCAGCACACCAGCAAGAACAGCAGCUGCAGCAGCAACCCGCAGCAACAGCAACAUCAGCGCCAGCAGCAACAGCAACAGCAGGAGGAGGAGGAGCAGCAGCAGCAGCAGAAGCGGCAGAGGGAAAAGGAGAAGGACAGGAGACAGCUGCUGGGGAAAAGGAGACAGGAGACAGGUCUGCAUAA